AUGAGCUCGAGAUUGUUUUCUUCUGCAAAGCUCCUCCGUCUGGACAAUCCCAUUAGAAGCCUAACGGUCGCGUUCUGGCUAUGGAAGGCUCUUUUAUUUGUCGCCAUCACGGCUUGUCCAGGCUCCGGCUAUGACACGUCCACCACGCUGAUCCCCUAUGAAGCUUCGGGUCCAGCACUUUCCGCAGGACCCGAGCCGCUAUCGGGGCCAUUGAAGUUUGUCCGAUGGGACUCCAUUUACUACCUGCAUGUCGCCCAAACAGGUUAUGUUUUUGAACAGGAAUGGGCCUUUGGCUGGGGCUACACCAAGCUGUUGGACCUGUUCAUCUCUGGAAUACGUCUUUCGGGGGGGCUAGGUGGGCCGGCUAACACAGCCCUGGUAGCCGUGGUGCUCUCCCAUGUCGCGCACUACCUGUCUGUCUUGGCUCUUUACCGUCUCUCGGCCAAUAUCUUUGGCCAGGCCACAAUCACCCAGGAACUCUUCUGUUUUUUGUCGGCGGGCCUUCACAUCGUCUCUCCCGCCGGGGCAUUUCUCUCAGCCCCGUACGGGGAAUCCAUCGUCUCCAUCUUGAAUUUCUCUGGCUAUUACCUCUACUCGUCCUCGCUGAUUGCGGAGCGUGAUGGCGCGACGAGAUCCCGGGAUGCCCGCGUUCUCACGGCCGCGGCGCUAUUCGCGAUCGCGACCAUGGUUCGUAGCAACGGCAUCCUGAGCGGGUUUUUGUUUGCCUAUGAUGCGUGUGUGCUCGCUUGGGGAACCUUGACGCAGGGCCCAUCGAUUCACAACACACUCCGCCUCGUUGUGAUAGUCCUCGGCGGUUGUAUUGUGGCUUCGGGGAUGGUCAUCCCCCAACUACUGGCUUACCGCACAUACUGCAUGCCCGACGCGGGUUCACGGCCCUGGUGUGGAUGGACAGUCCCGAGUAUAUAUGGCUGGGUCCAGGAACGUUAUUGGAAUGUUGGGUUUUUAAAAUACUGGACCAUCUCCAAUCUGCCUCUCUUCCUUCUCGCGGGGCCCAUGCUGUUCAUCCUCUGCAAGUCUUCCCUAUGGGCCAUCCAGGCUCCCUCGAUGUUACAUCCGACUCCUGGCAAGAAGUCUACGGCACCAAUCGGCCCUGGGUCCAUGCUAUUCCGCCUGGCAGUUCCCCAGGGACUGCUGGCAGUGAUGGCCUUGACCAGCUAUCAUGUCCAGAUCAUUAACCGGAUCUCAUCUGGGUAUCCGGUGUGGUAUUGGUAUCUGGCCUCUUGUGCCGUAGACAGCAUCCGAGGUCUUCCUAAGCAUAGCCAGGGCCUGGCAAUUGCAGUACAAGGUAUGGUGGCGUAUGCGCUGGUCCAGGGGGUUCUAUUUGGUUCUUUUCUGCCCCCAGCAUGA